ACCUGCUGUUAAAUCCGAUUUCACCUCGCGGUCGUUUCUGCCGUCCAAUGACUGGUGGGCUCGCGCCUCAUGUUUAUUGGCUGGGUUGAUCGAUCUCGGGUGGAAAAGGCUUUCGCCCAAUCCCCGCGCGCGCUCCGCUCCCAAUCCUGGUCGCGGAGUUGCUGCGCCAGAGCCCACACCUGCACCAACCCUAGCCGCCACACCUCUCCUUCCUCCCUUGCUCGACAGCGCUGCACCCCCUCCCUCCUUGCUGCUCGUCCGGAUAGCCGCCGGCCGCCGCAUCCCUUCUCUCCCUUCCUCCUCCUUCCUCCUUCCCGCUGGCGCCGACGAGCGCGACCACGCCCUCCUCCGGUACUUCCGCCCCCCCCCCCCCCCCCCCCCCCCGCAGGCAGGAGUCGAGCCCUCGUCGUGAGGAAACCACGGAAGGAGGAGCUCAACCGGGCGUCGCCGGCCGGAGAAGGAGGACAGUCGCGGAUGCCUGCCAAGGAGGUGGAUCGGCUCGCCUCCGUCGUCAAUGCAGCCGCCGCGCCACCACCCUCCUCCGGUCCUUACUCCCCCCCUCCCCCUCCCCCCGCAGCCCCAAAAGCUCUGCCAGUUCUUUCGGCGAGAUCCACCAUCUCCUGAGGUCCUUAUCCACCCCAGCUCGCGAGGAAGCCUCGGGAGGAGGCGAGCCCUCGUCGCAAGGAAGCCGCAGAAGGAGGAGCUCAACCGGGCGUCGCUGGCCAGAGAAGGAGGAGAGGCGCGGAUGCCUGCCAGGGAGGCGGAUCGGCUCAUCUCCGUGGCUGGAAAGGCUCGAUGUUACAAUUACAACAUGGGGCUUCAAGUGUCUAUUACUGUGGAACACCAAUAUCCGUGCAUUUUAGUUACGACUAAGUGCCACACCAAUGAAUGUGAAUGUCUGUUCAGCCAGGGUUUUCUUGUUGCUGCUAUUCCUCGUGGAUAUUCAAGAGGCAACUUGGCACCUAAUGUCAACAGCAUGCUUAUUGGUGACGAGUGAAAUGAAAGAAGGCUGCAAUGGAAUUUGUAUUAGGCAUCUGUUCUUCAAAUGAGGCUCCAACCUGAGCAAGGGCAUGGUUUGCAGAUGAUGUAUCUGCUUUAUGUGUGUUAGAAGAGCCCUCCGACGCCCAGCCGUUGGUGUCUCUUCCCGAAGAAGGAUCAUGGUUCCCCACCUCUCUACAACUCAUAUUAAAAUUUUGGUAUAUUCUUUUCUUACUUUAUUUCCUGUGAACAAAAAGUUGGAACCUAUUCUUAAUUUCCCAUAGUGGUUUUGAUGGUAUUUGGUCAGUGUGUUCCUGGCUGGAAUUGCAUGUAUAUCUUACAGAUUUACAUUGCAACAAUUAAUAAGGAGAAUAGAAGCAUUUGCAUCCUCUAAUACUUUGCCUGCCAUGCUUAGCGAGAAUUCAAAAUAGUGACCUUUGGAUAUCAAUUAUGGGUUUGUGAUUUUGUGCCAGGACCUAAAAGAAUUUUUGCCUCAUGCUUCGACUAUCAUAUCUAUUUUCUCUAUAAAUUCUAGACAUCUAGUUCAGAUUAUGAUCUUUGCAUGCCCUUUUUUUGUAUCUUCUGAAAUUGGCCAACAUUACAAAAAAGAGCCACAUGUUUUAGAAAUUGAAUCACCAUGACAGCUUUUCAGGUUAUGGUUCUUUAGCCAUUUAAUGCAGUAUCAAUGGUUCAGUGUGCUUCAUGAAAUGAAACAUAAUGUAUAGUUCAGCAGUUUUGAGACUUACCCGCAUAUUUUUGCUUCACCCGUCACCACAGAGGUCUUACCUCACCUUGACCAUGGAGCCACUAGGAGUAUGAUCAAUAUAUGAUCAUUCUUAUAGUUGAAAUCAAUUGCUUCCUUCAUCAAGUGAUUCAUAGUAAACCAGUAAACAUGAAUUUUAUGUGCAUAUAUUACUUCUUUGUUUGCCAUUUAUUUUGUUCAAAAUAUUUAUAUGACAUUUUUCAAAAAGCUUAAGGUUAGAGAUGUGGUGCUAUAUGAGGCUAUUGUUAGGAUGGAAGAUAAAUUAAUGUUAAAAUAUUUUUGAUUUCCUUUAUUCCGUAAACGGCAAUACAAGAUAUGUUUGGGCCACAUGAUUCUAUUCCAAAAAUUUAAACAACUUGGCAAUUAACAACGCAUCAAAUGUUAUGUAUUGAAAAUUUGAAAUGGAUCACUUUGUCAGGUUGGGUUUUAGUAGGUCAUAAUGGUUUUAUUCUAUGACAAGCUUAAUUUGUUUAUAAUGUAACCAGUUCAAGGAUUGACGAGUUUUUGAGCCCUAUGACCUUUGUACACUCAGGUUCGGCUGUGUUCUUUGUGAAGUAUACGUCAUGCAAGGCUCAUGUGCGUUGCACUGUUUUCACUUUCCAAGCUACAGUCUAUACUCCCUCUGUAAACUAAUAUACUCCAAGCUACAAUCUUUAGUGAUCUGAACGGUCUUAUAUAAAUUACAAAGGGAGUACUUGAAAGGAUAUUCUUUGUAUGUUGUUUGAUUCCAUCAGCCGUACAACCUAAAUUAGCAAUUAGGUAUCUACACAGUUCAGUGGAACCAUUGUGCUUGCUGUAGUUUUAUUUUAGCGUUGAAAUGUUCUUAGUUUGUUCUGUACUGAGAAAUAUUUUUGUUUUCCGGCCAUUGUUUACUAAAUCCUAUAAACAUAUUACCUUAUAUGGCCUUUGAAGUUUCCGUUUUAUAAAGAGCUUUGCACUGAUCAACUUGAGUAUGGUAUGGUUUAUUCUUUUGUGUUGCAGCUAUUCCAGAGAAGUUUAGACCUCCACAACCUUAGCAGAGAUGAAACAAUCAAUCAGCUGAGAUGCAUCACAUGAUCUUUUUCUCUUGACUUUGAUGGGUAUUGAACCCAUAGAAUAGCUUAUCAAUGGAACUCUUAUCAGCGUUGAGAAGGUGGCACAAAAUCUCAUACGCAGGGCGAUCAGCUAAGAAGCAUCAGGAAGGACUUUUAGGAUGGUACAGCGGUCAAAUGCAUCCUAGGAUAGGUCCUUUAAGAAUUAUGGUGUGUUUCCCUCCUUUUGUUUACCAUAGGCACAGAGGUUUAGCCUCAAUUUAUUAUGAUAUUUUUGUUUAUAGUAGAUGCAGAACUGAGACUUACCCAGGUUGUGAGAGCUGGUGAUGAUUCUAUUAAAAGUCCCUUGUUACCUGCAACGUUUGUCUCUGUAAACAGCAUAACUAACGCCGUAUGGUUUCCAAUGUGACUAAGAUGUAAAUUCU